AUGCGCCUUAUAUCUCUCCUUGGAUUUUUUUUAAUAGCUUUGCUUUCAAAAUCAUUACAUCAUGUUAACGCCUAUUCACUUGGAGUUAGAAAUUCACCACUUGGCAUGACUACCAAUGGUAUUUUAAGAAGAGAUACCGGAUUUAUAUAUUCCUCCUUAAAAGAAAGAGCUGACUCUCUAGAACCAAGGCAAGACGAUCAAAAGCAACCAAAGAAGGAACCAACAAAGCAGGACCCACCAAAGAAGGACCCACCAAAGCAGGACCCACCACCAAAGCAGGACCCACCACCAAAACAGGACCCACCAAAGAAGGAAGCACCAAAGGAUGACCCCCCACCAAAGCAGGACCCACCACCAAAGCAGGAUACACCAAAGCAGGACCCACCAAAGCAAGACACACCAAAGCAAGACACACCAAAGCAGGACACACCAAAGCAGGACACACCAAAGCAGGAUGCACCAAAAGUCACACCGGCUGAUGAUUCUAAAACACCAACUGAUCCUAAAACAUCAUCAGUUACCAGCGCCAGUUCAAAAUCAAAUCCACCAGCAUCUACUGAAUCAACUAAAAGUGUAAACGAUCAAUCACAAUACAAAAAUUCUGAUUCUGGAGCAUCUGAAUCUGUUCCAACUGAACCAAUUUCUUGGACCACAAUUAUUGUUCUUUCUUCAAUCGGUGGUUUAAUUGUUGUGGCUGUUAUUCUUUUUGCAUUUGUUCGUAGAAAAAGACGUAGAGAAAUGGCUAAUAAUAUUGUUGCAACAUCUUCUGUUGCGUGGGAACAACAAAAUAAUGCAUACGAAAAGAUGGAGGAGGAUGAUGAACCAACAUCAUUAGGGUCAUUCACUGUUGUUGCAAGUUAUACACCAUCCUUAGAUGACGAAUUGGAGAUACAACCUGGUGAUAAGGUUACAAUUCUUGUGGAAUAUGAUGAUGGUUGGGUAAAUGGUAUUAACGAAUCACGUGGUGGGAUUAAGGGAAUGUUCCCUAGACAUUGCGUCGACAUGAAUAGUGUUCUUAAUGAUAAAAGGUCUAGUUCUAUGGCGUAUACAAUGGGUUGCAAUGACGAUAAUAAUAAAUAUAGAUUACGAGCUAGAAAUUUGACUCAAAUUCGUCCAUACACCUUAGAGCGUAAGAAAGCCGCAGCACAGGGAAUUCCCGUUUACGUUGACGAAGUAGUUAAAAAUACACGAUCUAUCCAAGAUAAAGAGCAUUAUGCAUUAGAAGACAUAGAUCAUGAAUUUAAGAGAAAACAUAAUUCAUCAUCAAGAAACAUCACUACUAAAAUUGGAAGCACUAAAUCUGAAACCUUGAAUGAUUCAAUUAUAGAAAGAAGAAAACCAAAACCAAAUUUAGAUCUUGGUUGGAUUUUAGAUGAUGAUGAUAAAGAAUCAUUUUCUAGUAAAUUGAUUAAUCUUAAAAAAAAUGAUUCAAAAGAAAAUGAAAUAUUUAAGUUUAUAGAUAAUUUGCAUAAUAACGAGGACAUGAAUUUAGAAAACCAUUUGAAUAUUGUAAAGAAAUUACCAAAAAAAUUUCAUAUAAUUAAUGGUGAUUAUGGCAAUGACGAUGGCGAUAAAGAGAAUUCAGAAGAUUCUUCUUCAGAGGAUAUAUUAAUUAUUGAAAUUGAAGAAUCACUCAAAGAAUUGUGUCGUAUGUCCAAACUAACUCCUGAAGCUCACCUAGAGCAACUUGUUGAAUUAUUCGAAAAAUUAUAUUUAGAGGUUGGCAUAGAUCAGGAUUGGCCUCUACAAUCAAAAAUUUUAAUGUCACGGAUAAUCACGAUGAUAAAAAAUUGGGAAUUGAAGGAUAUAAAAAGGAUCGAAAACUCAAGCAAGUUAAUUGGGAGAGUCUGUUAUUUUUUAACUGAAUUAUUUAAAAAUGUUCCAAAAGAUGUAUUUUUAAUUAAAAAUUUUGUCGAAGCUCAAAACAUCUUGAUUGACAAAAUUUGCAACAUAGCCAUCAACAGUCAACCAAAACAAAAUCAUAAUGAUCUACUAAAAAUUAUAUUGCCUGAUCUCUUGUCAGAACUUGAAAAGUUAUUAGAUCUUUUAAUGCUGAAGAAAAACGUUACAUAUUAUGGUGCUUCUCAACAAUUUCUAUCAAACAUGGUUUCAUCAAUCCUUCUAUUAAUUGAAAAACAUUCAAUAUUUAAUAUUCAAGAGCCUUUAAAAAAUCUAUUACAAAUCUAUUAUAAAAUAGUAACAUUUCUAUACAUACUACCUGUGAAUAAGGGAAAAAUUCUUGAAAUUAUUCAAUGGAUAAAACAUAAUGGAAAUUUAGCAGCUGAUUGUAAUCGAUCACUUUCAAAUAAAUAG